CCGGUUUGACGAAGUUGUUUGGAUCCUACGGUGCUCCUUCGCUGUCUUAUAUAUUUGUUACUAGACAGUUUUUGAACCGCUUUUGGUUUUUCUCGAUUUAUUUAUUUAUUUUUCUACUUAUCGCGAUGUCGUAGCAUCGAGCGGUCGUUAUUUUCAUCGUAAAGUUGUAACAAUGCCUCGAAACUUGCAUCCAGAGAUACGAAGUCGUAUUGUCGGACAAUCACAGGCCGGAAGAUCAGUAGCAGAAAUUGCUGCUGAUAUUCCGUGCUCUAAAAAAACUGUCCGACGAUGGAUACGACGAUUUGCUGAGGGCGGUGAUAAUGCUUUGCAAGAUCAUCGUCAGAAUAACCAUGGUCCUCGUAAGAUUGGACCGGAACAAGUGCAGGCUCUCGUCGAUGCAGUUUCUGAUCGACCUUUCGGCACCAUCCAGGAAGCCAUCAACACAGCGAACGUUCAAAUAUCCGAGAGGACCGCCCGACGACGUUUAAACGAAGCUGGGUAUUACUACCAACCAGUCCACAAAAUUCCAUUACAUUAUGUUAAAAAUAAUAAUUACAUAGAACGUAUUGUCAGAAAUUAUAUUAAUAUUGACUUUACCAUACACUUUCGUUUGUCACGGGAAAUAGCUAAUGAACUCAUUGCACGCUUUGAAAAAUCAGACAUUUUUACAUCUUUGCAAGAACAUGUAGGAUAUGUUCCAAUAAUGAGUGAAAAAUAUAUCUUAAGUUAUUUGUGGUUUCUUGGCCAUGAGAAUGCAGACUAUCGAAAUGUAUCUGAUCGAUUUGAUGUUUCAAUAAAUACAUUGCAUACAAUUAUAAUAAGAGUAACAGAAUUUUUAAUGCAACUUGCACCACAAAUAAUAAAAUUUCCUACAUUGGAAGAAAAAGAAGCAACAAAGAUACAUUUUCUACAAUUAGAAGGAUUUCCUGGAAUUAUUGGUUGUGUAGAUGGUACACACAUAAGAAUUGACAAACCACAACAGGAUCAUGAUUUGUACAUUAAUAGAAAGCAAUAUUUUUCUAUUCAUAUGCAAGCAACUGUUGAUCAUAACAUGAAAUUCAUAGAUGUUUUUAUUGGCAAUCCAGGAUCUGUCCAUGAUGCAAGAGUAUUCAAAGAAUCUCCUUUAUAUGAAUCUCUUCAAGAAAUUUGCUCAGAUGGAUCUUAUUUACUUGGAGAUAGUGCAUAUCCAUGCUUAAGAAAUUUAAUAAUUCCGUACAGAGAUACUGGGCAUUUAACUCAGGCACAAAAACAUUUUAAUCAAAAAUUAAGUUCAUGUCAUGUUACAGUUGAAAAUGCAAUUGGCUGCUGGAAACAAAGAUUUAGACAAUUAUAUCAUUUUAAGUCGCGAAACAUCAUACGUAUGGUUCAAAUUAUACAUGCUUCUUGUGUUUUACAUAAUUUAGCAAAUAAAGAUGAUUUAGAAUUCUUAGAGCCUCCAUGUAACGAUGAUUAUCCUGAUUUAGAAGUAAUAAUAAAUAUUGAAAAUGAUGAAAUUAUUUAUGAAAAUCGGCAUGGUCGUGAAUUGCGAGACGAAUUGUGUCGUCAACUAUUCGCACGAUAAUAUAGCUAAUAUUAUAUUAAAAUACUAUAGAAUACUUCAUAAU